GAGGUAGGUUCCCUUGCCAAUCUCCCCUGGCCGAGCGACUAAGAAGCAUUCAUCUUCAUUUCAUCAGGAAUCUUUCUGAUGCUCGCGAGUGGUCUCCACAUUGGCUGGAGCAUCGGCAGUCCGAAUCUGCAACUUCAGGUGUGGUUCGAAAACGUUCCCGACGGCGAAAUCAUCCUGGCUCUGUCUUCAUGGUUUAUCGGAGCAGUUAUAGGCAGUUUUAUUGCCCUCUUCAUUUUGCCAAUGUGGGAGAAGAAGACAAUCUACUACGUCGGAGCAUUUAUCUCUGUGAUAGGCAACGCACCGCUAAUUGGCUUUCCAAAUGAAAGUAUUGUGAUAAUUCUAUGCCGCAUUCUGGCUGGAGUAUCUCACGGUUUCAUCUACAUAACAACCAUAAUUCACGCUUCAGAGAAUGCCAUUAAGGAGAUUCGCGGGCUCAUUCUCGCCUCCAUCCACUUUUGUAUCAUCGCAUCGGUCUUCACCACGUCAAUCAUGAUGGCAAUUGGUCAGGAGGCGGUCGACUCCGACGGUUACGAGCCAAACAUGGUGAUCGGAAUCAUCGGGACGGUGUAUUCACUGUUGGCAGCCAUGUGUGUGCCUUGUCUCACCUACGAAUCCGUGGUGUUUCUGAUCGAGCGCCAGCGCUACAGCGAAGCCAUCAGAAACAUAAUAAAGCUGCGGAAUGAAUCCGUGGAAACGUGGGAGAUCAAGAACGAUUUCGACGAGAUGAAGCUCAUGGUUGUUGAGGAUGUUCGCACGUCCAAGUCAAUCUUCAAGGAUGGAAACUUGCGACCGCUCUUUCUGUUGCUGCUCGUCAAGUUCCUCUUCAUCCUGUCCUUCAACUACAGCCUCAACAUGAUCAAAUUCCUGGCCGUGGACGAGAUUCUCAUGGGUCACUGGAGUUCAGCUUGGCUCUUCGGCAUUCGCCUAACAGCCGGCACUUUCGCGCUGUGCUUCAUGGACGUCUUUGGGCGCAGGAUCUUCCUGGCCGUCUCAGCGGGAGGAACAUCAAUCAGCCUGCUGAUCUAUGGCUUCCUCAAUCUCGGCGCCUUGGAUGGAAGUUACGUGGGAAUAAUAGCGUCUGAAGUAUUUCUGGGCCUGGGUUUGGGAUCUGUGGCAGAUGUCCUCUUCUCGGAGGCCUUCUCGUCCAGGAAGAAGGUCCUCUCGAUGAUCGUGGUGACAGUGUUUGACUAUGUCAUCCAAAUGGCCCUCAUACUCAGCUUCCUCAACGUGCCGACGCGAUCUUACGAGGACGCCUUCGUCUUCACCACCGGCGGCCUCAUGAUCGUCAUCACCAUCUUCUUGUACCUUCAGCUCCCCGAGACGCGCUACAUGUCUCUCAGACAGACGCGCGAUGAGUUCAGGCUCGUGGGGAAUGCCACGUACUCACGCCAGCAGCCGCCGCAGGGCAUCACAUCGGCAUAGGACGAACGUAAGGACACAAUCUGUGAUAAUUCCCUGACCCCCAAUUUCAACCUUCCCCGCUAAUCGAUAACGCAACAAUUGAGCACUUCUUGCACAUGCACUUACUUAUUGG